UUUAUUUCUUGUGUUCAAAAAAAAAAAAAGAGACAAAGAAAAUCUCACUUCCAUAUCUGUUUUGUGAGAACGAAAUCUCUCUAUACCUUCCUCAUUUUCCGGCGACUUCCCGGCGGGAUCUCCGACAAGAUACAUGCCAUCGAUCUUGGCGGUUAGUUAGUGCUCUCUUCUUCUGCGUCUUCUUGUUGUUGAUACUCCAUUAAGCCCUGUUUGGCUUCUCAGAAAAUUUUGGAAAGGAGGAGAGAAAUCCAAAUUUUGUUUGUAAUUAGGUCAUCAGAAGAUUUCGUUGUUGAGUAGAAUUCUUAACUUGAGGAAACGAAUUUUGUUUCUUUUCUUCUUCCGAUUUCUCGGCAGCCAAUCAGAGGGCUGUUCUGUGGUUCUAAUUUUUUUGGUUUUCUUUGGGAUAAAAUUGGUGUAUUGUUGAACUGAUCUUGCCUGUUCAAUACAGGCUGAAAAUUCAUCAGUUAUUAAUUCAAAUUGAGUUGUUGUUGCACCGAAUUUUCGAUUCUGAGUGUGAAUAAUUUUCUAAUGGAGCUUGGUAGUGGAUCGACCACUAGCAGUCUGUGGCAGAAUCUGUGUGAAUGAUGAUAUACUGUCAAACAGAGUAUACACAAUCAAAUACCGGAACGAUGACGGGGAUUUGAAGCAAUCGAGCCACUUGCAGAUGUAGAGGCAACAAUACAGAAAGACAGAAGACAAAGAACAGUGCAUUUUUGAAAAAGGGAAGUUUUACUACCUGGUCAAAAUGGUACAAUGUGUGUCAGUAAGCACUCUGACAACCUCUGGAAAUGGUGGGGUUUAUGGGUCCACUGCUUUAUGGGGGAGACAUUUCCAGUUAAUGAGAAAAACCCAGAUUCGCACAGGGAGUGAAAGAAAUUUUCUUUGGCAUCACUGUGCACAGAGAUUAUUCUUUGCCGGUCAACUUGUUAUGCAGAGGCAAAGGAAUUUGAGGGUUGAAGCUGGAUGGCUGUUUAAAGGUGGUGGUGACCAGGGGUUAGAUGCAAGCUCAGAGUGUAGUGAGAGUGCUAAUGAGGAUAUUUUGAUUUUCUUUUUCCAGCUGGACUUGGCGACUCGAGUACAGUAUGCUUUGAAUACGGAGCAGUAUGAAAUAGCGCAACAACUGAGAGAUAAGCUGACUGAGGUUGAAGCAGAGGUUGUCAAGCAGCGAGAAGCAAAAAGGGGAUCCACAUCAAAGAGUGAAGCUCAAGACAAAGCUUUAAGUAUGAUACGUCUACGGGCAGACCUGCAGAAAGCGAUUGAGGCAGAAAACUAUGCAUUGGCAGCUGAGUUGCGAGAUGAAAUUAACAAACUAGAGGCAGAGUCUCUGGCUGCAUCAGCAAAUGCUCUGGUGUAUGAAAAUACACCAUAUGCAUUUCGUUUGGGCCAGAAAGUGAGGCAUAAAGUGUUUGGCUAUUCUGCUGUGAUUUGUGGAAUGGAUCCAGUGUGCUGUGAAUCAAGUUCAUGGAGGGAAAGCGCACAUGUUGAUAAGUUGACUCGGGGUUCUAAUCAGCCAUUUUAUCAGGUAUUGGUUGAUGUACAUGUAGACCCCAAUCUAUUAGUGGCAUAUGUUCCAGAGGAGAAUUUGCUGGUCCCUGAUGGACCAAGACCAAACAAGGGCAGGUUUGAUCACCCCUAUCUUUCUUUUUUAUUUUACGGCAUGGAUGCAGCUGGAGAUUUCAUUCCAAUCAAGCAGCUCCGGGAGAAGUACAAUAGGCCCCGGCAUGAAGUGCCUGGUGAUCCACCAGGCGAGGGUGGAGAAGAUGCUUAAAGCAGCACACUGAUUAUCUGUUCCCAUGAACUUCGAAGAGCUAGCAAAUCAAAAGAGGAAAGAUUUGACUCCAGAAGUUACCUGGGUCCUACAUCUGAAUAGCACAGCCGUUUUGUCUUGUAUAUGAUCCUGAUUCGUGUGUAUAAAGUGUUUUUAGGAUGAUUUGGGACGGUACUCUUACCGUUGACUUGAAUGAAUUACUAAUCUUGUAUUUUUGCUUUA